AGCAAGUCGCAUAUUUUACUUAUUUUCUGAAAAAUGACUGUAGAAGGUUUUUUACUCGUACGAGUGUGCAGUCUGCUGCUUGCGUCCUAGGACUCGAGUCCGCAACAUUCGGCGUGUUCACCAGCGGCGCUCCGGUGGAAAUAAAAGCUCGCUAUGGAAAGGCGGGCCGUUUGAAAUACGUCCGGGGCCGCAUGCAGGAUGAUUGUGUAGAACUUUUGAGUGUGCGCACCUACUGAGAACUAUAGCAGAGAGAAGAUGCUAGGUUCGUGCGUUCAAGAACACAUGCGAUGCACGGCGGGUCAUGAUACGUGGUCGAGUCCACGAUACUUGGCCCAUGUGUAUCGGGUGGCGCUCCUGGUUUUGCUUUUCAACAACUGCGACGGGCAACAACGAGCUGGAUCGAUUUGGACUGCGAGUGCAAAACGUGUAUCUGCCUCCAACCAUGAGGAUCCCGACGAUGAAGAAGGGUCACCUUUACGUGGGAAUAUCGCCACCGUGCGUCGCCUAAGACGGGCUCGGACACAGCCAGCGCAGUUUUGUCAUCGAGCAGCGGAGUUAGCUCGGAAUGCAAGCCAAGUGGAAAAUACAACAACCGGCGCUCCGGCCGCAACCCGAAUACUCGCAGCAGCAGACUACCUUUCUGGUGCGGCGGUUGUGAAAUCGUCGAUACGUCAACUUGGACUCGACGGGUUGGAAGGCGCUAAAGGGCAGCAUGGUGAAGAAGGCCAGUCUGCCAACUUUGGCAGAGGCUUAGUGCGUCGCCGUGCGACCAUCGGCGCAGUAGGAUCUGACGCAGCUACGGCGGCUGCGCGUGUUCUAGCGUCCAAGCAGCGGAUAAGGGAUCACGUAGCUACACCCGAUGUUGUUGUAGUUGUGCCGAGCAAUGACACGAGAGCCUCCGGACGAGAUCCUCCAUGUUCUGCAACUGCGGUGGAACACAAAGACCGACGCAGAGUAGCUAGAAGUGGCGAUGUAGACAAUGUUGACGGCGCACCCGUGACGCCGGGCACUCGGGGAGUGCUGCAAGCUUUGUAUCAGAAGAGCGCGGUGACGUCCCCUUCUGAGGCCGCACCGCCACAGUCCGAGCGAAGCUUUGUA